GCCAAGAGCAAAUCUAAAUACGUUCUGGUGAGGAUGAAAAGUGCGGCCGAGACGGGCUACUGUUUCAACAUCAGGAGGCUCCGACUGCAGGAAAAACUGGUCCUGCUGAGAUAUGAUCCCAUCGCAAAACAACGUGUCCUCUUCACUGAGAAGAGAAAAAUCCGCUCUAUCUGAACAAUGACUGGACUUGAUUUAUGCACGAGGAGAGGACGCUUUGAGGGGGGACGGGGUGAAUGCUGAUUCAGAAAUCCAGCAACGUGGGCUAAAAGGAGAGGAAAUGAACUGGGAUCACCGUCUCCUGUGAUUUGAAGGCCAUUGUGAAUAAAACAAUGUAGAGAGAGAAAAUUCUUAAUGUCUGGGCAUAGAUCAUCACAGUAACAUUUAUUUAUCUUUUGAGUUAUUUUUACAGUACUCAAUUAAAAAAAAUUAAAUAGCAAA